UUACUCGUUCACUUCACCGCCCAUCUAAACCCAAUUAUCCUCUCUCUAUCUCUCUUUCUCUCUCUCUUUCUCUCUCUAGAGAUCUUCAAUCACUUACAAUGCACUCUGGUGAUCUUGGAGAUCACAUUGGCAUGGAGAGUUGUGUUGAUUUGGGGACGGAGACUGAAUCUGCACUGUCAUCUGGCGGUGGUCGUCGAUCGGAGAAUCGGAAACGAUGGGGGGUGAGUACUAGAUCAUCGAGACUAUCCGGAAAAAAAGCGAAGGAACUUCCUCCGCCGUUACCGAUUCAAACGUCGACAGUGAUGAAGCGGUAUUACACUGAAGACGGGAGGCUGGUCAUCACGGAAGAGAAGGUCGAGAGUCCGAAUUAUCAUUUCACGGCGCACAGAUCUCACGGACGUCUCACGAUCCAACUCGUUCGUUCCGACGAUGAGGAUAACUUCCCUUCGUAUGAAAAUGGAGAAGAGAAUGGAAUUAUGGAGGAGGAGGAGGAGGAUGAGUGUAGUGGUAAGGUGGCGAUGGGCGGCGACGACGGUGGAAGUAGAGUUUUAGGGAAGUGCUUUAGUUACAACGCCGCCGUCGUGAGGGCGCCGGCUACCGGAUCGUGUUUGUUGGUUAAUCAAAAUCAACUUCACGCGAUGAGGCCAGUUCAGAUUUAGUUUUGAAAAACAAAAUUGAUUUCAUUUAAUUAUUUUCGUUGAGAAUUAUAAUCAAAAUCAUCUUUCUUUCUUAUAAAAA